UGUUUUAUUGGGAGACACUCAAUGAUCAGACUUUUAAAGAACAGUUUAUCAAAAAACUGUAAUUUCAUGGAAUUAGUUAAAAACACAAUUCACAUGUAUGACGGGUGCAUAUUUUACAGAUAUUUUACAGUCAUAGCUAUGUCAUAAUAUGUCAUAACAGCUGACAUAAUGUGUCAUAACCUGUCAUAAUAUGGUCAUAACACUGUCAUGACACAUAUAUUUAGACCUGUUUGUGACAUAUCUUACAUUAUUUUAUGGCUGGUUAUGACACCUACAUAAGAGUCUCUCAUUGGCUAGAAAUGACUAGUUUCUGGGAAAAUGAAACUUAACAGAAUGUAAGGUGAGGCACAUUGGGCGCUUUAGUUUUGCAUGAGUUUUAGACCAUUCCAUUGGUCGAGGUAAAUCUCCACCCACCUGGGGCAUCUGGCUAUGCAAAACCAGCAGGACCACUGCUUCAGGUGUCUGUGACAACAGGGAACAACAAUAUACAGAUCCGUGCAACACUAAAAUAGUAGAGAUGGAACAAGGGACAGGAAGGAUUCUGAAGAUUCUGUUCCUGUUGACACUCACUGGUCAAUGCCAAGUUUCAGGGCAGCUCUCUGACCUGAGGAUAGUUCUGGUGGGGAAGACUGGAUCAGGGAAGAGUACAACAGGAAACACCAUCCUGGGGAGGGAGGGGUUUAAAGUGGAGGCUUCUCCAGUGUCUGUGACUGCACAGAGUGAGAAACAGAGUGGAGUGGUGGAUGGGAGGAAGAUUGAUGUCAUCGACACCCCGGGGCUCUAUGACACAACAAUGUCUCAAGAAGAGAUAAAAAGAGAAAUAGAGAAGGCCAUCUACAUGUCAGUCCCAGGACCCCACGCCUUCCUGCUGGUGAUCAGACUGGGGAGGUUCACAGAGGAGGAGCAGAACACUGUGAAGUGGAUCCAGGAGAACUUUGGAGAAGAUGCCUCAAUGUACACCAUCUUGCUGUUCACUCAUGGAGAUCAACUGAAGGGCAAAACAGUCAAAGGGUUUCUUGCUCAGAGCAAAGCGCUAAGGAGACUCAUCAAUAUGUGUGGGGGCAGAUAUCACUCCCUAAUCAAUGACAAGAGAGAAGACAACACUCAGGUUAGAGAGCUGCUGGAGAAGAUUGAGGAGAUGGUGGUGGAGGACAAUGGAGGAGAACACUACACCAGUGCUGACUAUGAAGAGGCUCAGAGAAAGAUCAGCGAUAUUACGUUUUACUGUAAACUGGCAGCGUACGGCGGUCUAGCCGCAGCAGGUCUAGGGAUGUUGUCUGCUUCACCGGUAUUGGUGGCAGCAGGUCUAGCUGUAGGCGUCAGCCAAGGGUAUGAAUGCACUAUGCAUAUGCUAGGCUUUUAAAACACCGGGGGUACGUUCAGUUGGUCUUAACGUUUUGCUACGUAUGGCAACGGUACUUACUGAAUGAUAUAACAGUUCUUUCAAAACCAUUUGCAAUGUUAUAUAUAUAUGCUAGCCGGGUGGCAGGGUGGCCCUAGCAGGGUGUGAACGUGGAAAAUGUGAACAAAACACUCCUGCUGCACUGUACACAAUCACCCUCUCAUCACCUAUAGUUACAAUGUUCCUCAACUCAAAUCAUGAUAGUUUUUGAAAGCAGCCCAGGUGUUGACCAUGUUUUUUCAUCUUAGUGCAUGUAUUUAGUGUGGAAAUAUAGUAUUGUUGUGUCUUUACUAUGGAUUAAAUGACAUGACAUGCUAUUUUAUAAAAUAAAUUAUCUGUAAUUAAUAUUACCUGAUUAAACUAAUCAUGCAAAUGUAAUUAACUAGGAAGUCGGGGCACCACGGAAGCAUGUUUAUAGAGCUGUUGUCUUCCGAAUAAACUCUUAAAGACCUGGUCA